AUGUCAUUACCGGUGCCUGAUACAUAUUUCGCGAUUAAAACCAUAACUUGGUCGGAAUUUUCCUUCCAAACACCUAUACUCUUGCAAGAUGAGAAUGGACCAUGCCCGUUGAUCGCACUCGUAAAUACAUUAGUAUUGCAAUACGAGUUCGAAUCCCAGACGUCAAUUGAUAGUACCAGCGAUGUAAGACUAAAUGGGAUACAUUCCUUGAGGUCGAUAUUGCUUGAGAAGGGUAAUAAGAUCUCCUUACAAGAACUUCUAGAACACAUAGGCUUCUUACUCGUGACUAUCACUAACAGUGAGGCUGAUGCUUCGAAGUUAUUAGACUUGUUACCCCAGCUUCACACAGGACUAAGUGUUAACCCAAACUUGGUCACCGGAGAAUUCCCUCCUGAAGAUGUGUCAACAAUAUUGUUCCAAUCUGUGUUUGGACUACAAUUCAAACACGGUUGGGUAUUAGACGCAGACAUCGGGCUCAUCCAAAAGUUGGAGUGCUUUGAUCAAAUCCAAGACGAAUUGCUAAAUGAUGAGUUUGGCAGACAAACAAGUAGUGGGGUGUGGUUGGAAGAUAACAAAACCCAAAUGACUGCGUUUGGACUUGAAAAGUUGAAACAAUCCUUGCAACCGAACGAAUUUACCAUCUUCUUUAGAAACAAUCACUUCAAUACCUUAUUCAAGAAUGGCUCAGAUGAGAAGUUGUAUUUACUCUUAACCGACAAAUCUUUCAACAGCAAACGAAAGAUCAUUUGGCAGUCUUUAACAACCCCAUCUGGUAAGGAAGAUAUCUUUUAUACUGGAGAUUUCUUUCCGAUUCUUGAUGAAGAUUUAGGAGAUAUUGAACAUGUAGGUGACAACCCUGACGAUAUAGAUUUACAGUUGAUCAAACAAUUACAAGAGGAGGACGACCAAAGAAUGGCGCAAGAAAUGCAAGACAGAUUCAACAAGCCCGCUCCCAAGAAAUCAGAAUCUAGUACUAAAAAGCUUGAGCCUACUAAGAAAUCUGGAAGCUCUUUCUCCAGAAGAAAGUCCAAAAAAUCAACACCACCAGUAGAAGUAGAAGAACCAGUCUCCACUGAGAAGAAAAAGAAACCUACAUGCGUAAUCGUUUAA